AUGACGGAAAUUAACAGCAAAUUAUAUCCGCCCUACGACGAUAGAUAUAACAACGUGGUGAAUUCGAACGUAAAACCGUUCAGAGAAAGAAAUAAAUGCGUUCAUAAUUCCGCUUAUUACGUUCAAAUAUUAUUUAGCAAUAUUGGAAUAUGCGCUCUUUUAAUCGGUUACACUUUUCUCGGAAGUUUUAUUUUUCUAACUAUCGAAGGACGACCGGAAGUCGAUACUAAAAAUUUAUCAUCAAAUGAAAAAGUAACGAACCUUAAAAAUAAAUUGAAUAAAACUAACAGCGCGAGUACGUGGAAGCAGUCGACGGAAGAUUUUAGAACUAAAACCGUUGAAAAUAUAUGGGAAAUAACGGCGGCAUUAAACAUACUCUAUCAUGAAAAUUGGACUAGACUCGCCGGACAGGAAAUAAGUAAAUUUCAAGAUGAAAUCAUUCAAAAAUUAACGGAAGAAAUAUUAAACAUUCACAACAACAACAACAACAACAAUCACAAUAAUAAUAAUAAUAAUAAUGGGAAUUUUUUAGAUAAUACACAACAAAACGAUUGGAAUUUUUCAAAAUCUUUUUUAUAUUCAUUAACGAUUUUAACAACGAUAGGUAAGUAA